AUUUUGUUUCCGAUGGAAUUCAUCAAUUGGCAGUUUAUUGACGGCCAAUUGUGCCAGGACACGGGUUGCGCCUCUACAAAUUCGUGAAAUAAUCAAUAGAGAGGAAAUUUCACCUUCUACAAUAUAGUCAGUUUUCAACAGAUUAUAUGAUGGUUAAUUUUCAAUGAAAAUGACGGGUGGAGUAACGGCCAGAUGGAAAAUGAGUUCCAACUGCUUGAUUGGACAACCAACUGAAACAAUUAGGUACAUGAACACCUACAGAUUGGAGUCGCAAAAUCCGUUCGAUCCAGAAAAAGUAGAUAAGAUUCUAAAAACUGUUUUAAUGGAGGCACUCGAAAAUCUAACCUACGAUCCCGAGAAAUGUGCCAGUCAAGCAAAGUGGGCUACUUCUGUGAUAAGGUCCAAGGUCAAACAAUUGCAUUUCGAUAGGUAUAAAUUAUUGUGCAUCGUAACUAUAGGCGAAAAAAACUCCCAAGAUGUCUUGGCUACCUGCAGAUAUCUCUGGGACGCUGAAAGGGAUAGAUUCUCAACUUUUUCCAUGGAGAACACAUUUGUUUUUGGAAUCGCCUACUGUUUCGGUUUAUAUUGUGAAUGACAAAUCCAAUAAAUUGUUUUCUGAAAA